AUGCCGCACCUCUCCACCCUUUCCUCAGCAGCUGCCACAGGAGCAGCAGCAGCAGCAGCAUCGGACCCAGCAGCAGCAGCAGCAGCAGACCCAGCAGGAGCAGCAGUAGCAGACCCAGCAGCAGCAGCAGCAGCAGACCCAGCAGGAGCAGCAGUAGCAGACCCAGCAACAGCAGCAGCAGCAGACCCAGCAGCAGCAGCAGCAGCAGCAGACCCAGCAACAGCAGCAGCAGCAGACCCAGCAGCAGCAGCAGCAGCAGCAGACCCAGCAGCAGCCGCAGCAGCAGACCCAGCAGCAGCAGCAGUAGCAGACCCAGCAGCCGCAGCAGCAGACUCAGCAGCAGCAGCAGCAGACUCGGCAGCAGCAGCAGCAGACUCAGCAGCAGCAGCAGCAGCUCCACGUUGUGCUGCAUCUCUUGAAUUGGUGCCAGUGGGCGGCCGCAUUUCCAUAGUUUGCUUCCUCCCUCCGGCUGCACCGAAACCUCAGCCAGCAGCAGCAGCAGCAGCAGCAGCAGCAGCAGCAGCAGCAGCAGCAGAUCUAAACAAUCUUGUAGAAGCUCUGGACUCUCUCACUUUAAAUAAAUCCAUUUCUCUCCAAACUGCAACCCCCAGUACCCAAUCCAGACCCACAAACAAGGGGGGCCCCCCUCAGGGGCCCCCCGGGGGGCCCCCCCAGGGGGGGCCCCCCAGGGGGGCCCCCGGGGGGCCCCCCAGGGGGGCCCCCGGGGGGCCCCCCAGGGGGGCCCCCGGGGGGCCCCCGGGGGGCCCCCCUGAAGAGACUUUGGGGGGAAGAGAAGUGGUGGGGAGUGCUGCAGCAAAAGAAGAAAAGGGGGAAAGUGGAAAAGAAGAAAAAGAAAAAAAAGAAAUAAAAAAAGAAUUAAAAGAAGAGAAAUGGAACUUCAAAGUUCACCAGCAGCAACUCGCAGGCGGAGACCACUUGCUGCGGCUGUCCGUGUGGCGCUCGCAGCAGCAGCAGCAGCAGCAGCAGCUGCAGCAGCAGCAGCAGCAGCAGCAGCAGCAGCAGCAGCGGGGCGGCGAACUGCAGCAGCAAGGCGAAAAAGAAAUAAAAACUGAAAUAAAAAAUUAUUUUAAUUUCUAUUUCAAACUGCCCUGUGGCCUUCCCUCUCUCCGCCUCGUUUCCGCCUGCUGCAGCACAGCAGCAGACACAGCAGCAGCAGCAGACACAGCAGCAGCAGCAGACACAGCAGCAGCAGCAGCAGACACAGCAGCAGCAGCAGCAGACACAGCAGCAGCAGCAGCAGACACAGCAGCAGCAGCAGCAACAGCAGGGCGCCCCAACUCACACGAGCAACACCGCCAUCACCAGCAGCAGCAGCAGCAGCAGCAGCAGCAGCAGCAGCAGCAGCAGCAGCAGCAGCAGGGUUUGACUUUGAAGCUUUAUUUGCAAAGUUCGCUGAGGUCCGAUUUUGUGUGGAGGGCCCUGGAGGAGAAGAGCGACAAAUUGCUGCGGCAGCUGCGGGGCCUCUGGGUGGCUUGCAGGUGA